AGUAUUUUAGGAGAUGUUGUUUUAUAUUAUAUAUAAUUCUUUCGGUGUUGAAACUUCUCCCAACCACAAAUGUAUAGUUACCGCGAUUUAAUUCUGGCAUAUGCAUAAUGGCCAAAAAUGUCAUAACCAUAAUGUGCUCUGUGCCUUGACCCCAUUAUCGGAGUGUCCCAUCGGUUCCAUCGAAAGGUUCACAUCAUCAAUAAUUCAGGGCCUCGCAUUUGUUGCAGGACAUUCGGGAGCGACUCAUAAGCGUGGGUCAAGGGUCCCGCGACCGCUGCUGUUCAACCCCGAUGUAUCGAUUUAAUUUAGAGACCGGAUAAUUGCGUGACAAUCAGCGGAUUCGAGUACACGUAUCGUAUGUCCAGGCGGUUUAAUGACCACCGUCCUCAGUUGCCAGCUAAACAGACACGGGACAGGUCGGGAAUAACAAACUCUUCCAUCGUUGGCCAGAACAGAACAAAUAUUGCUAUUUGCCGAGCUCUUCAGAACGGGGAUAAACCGAUAACAAAAGAUACAGACCUGAUAAGCACCUCAACUGCGGGUUCAGUGGAAGAUUUAUUUCCCAUCCAAGUCAUAAGCACCGCGAAUUUUCAACCGAUCGGGGACCACAAUGCGAAUAAGACUGCUGGUGAUCUGGAUUUCCCUAACUGCUCUACUUCAAUGGAGCAGGGCCCAGGAGGAUAACAUACAAGAGGUCAGCAUCAGUGGUGGAUUAGAAGCCGAAGAUAAUCAUGAAGAUCAGACGACGGAUAAUAAGGAGAACGGUGUGGAAGCACCAUCACCAUCAUUUUUUACAACCACAACCGAAAUGCCUGCUCCUGACAAAGAGCCGGUGGAUGCUGUAAUGGGUACACAAGAUUUACCAUCUGAUGGCAGCCAGAUUAAGGAAAUGGAGCACCAAUCAGGAGAGGAUAAAGGGGAGCCUGAUGUACCAAGUUUGGGCUCAAACCUGGAAAUGGAUCAGAAAAAAGAGUCCGAAAAUGAAAAUUCUGAAACUUCUACCCCACCUAAAACUCCUGAAACAAAUCAAGAAGGCCAAACAUCUGAUCAUUCAGACCAGUCUCCCCCGGUUAACAAUGAAUCAUCUUCAGAAGUUGAACCCAAUAUAUUAAGUAAACCACCAACAGCGCCAGAGAUGGAAUCUCAUUUACCCAACGAAACUGCAGUCAUAUCAACGGGAGAAUCACCUGAUUACCCUAAUGACGGGCCCCAAGAGGACACCACACCACAACCCACAGAAGGAACUACCUUGACACCAGCUACGCCCCCCAUACCUAAUCCGGUAUUCCCUCCUCCAUUGAGUUGCUACUCCUGCAUGUUCUGUAAUGAUACUAAGAAUGAACCCAAGUCACUCUGUCCACCGAUACCGGGAAAAAAGAAUGGAUGUCGUACGGUUCUUGUUCGAGAUCCCAAUCUUAUACCGGGUAAAAAGGAUUAUUUUAAUCGAGGCUGCAUAUCGGAAAUGGACACCGCUUAUUAUCGUUAUUGCAAUGAAAAUGCCAAACUAUGUCCAACGUGUUACGAAGACAAUUGCAAUGUUCAUACCAUGACACAAUUUAUGGACUCUCCGGGUUCUGGUGCUGCCACUCAUCAUCUGAUGGCACCUUUCCUUAUCUGGAGCAUCUGUUUGUUCAGCUACCAGGUGCCUUAUUAAUACAUUUCACCCGCAAAUUCUGAAUAAUAACAAUUAAUAAAUGACUAAUACCAAACAUGGCAGAUUAUAGCGACAGUAUAUCUAGAAGUAUUUGUUUAACCUAUAAAAACCAUAAUUUUAUCAAUAUAGAAUU